UUUGGGUCCAAGGUGUCUCCCCCUUUGAAGAGGGGGAUGACUGCGGCAGCUUUCCAAUCCUUGGGGAUCUCAGAGCUGAUGUACAUGAACGAGGAAGACGCCUUCUGGGCCCUGUCACAGCUACUGACCAAUCAGAAGCAUGCCAUGCACGGUUUCUUCAUUCCUGGGUUUCCCAAACUGCAGCGCUUCCAGGCGCACCACGAUCAGAUUCUCUCCAAACUCAUCCCCAAGCUGAAGAAACAUUUGGACAGGGAACAGAUGUCCUGUGGGAUCUACAGCACUAAAUGGUUCCUGCAGUGUUUCAUUGACAGGACCCCGUUCACCCUGACUCUACGCUUGUGGGACAUCUACAUUCUGGAAGGAGAGAAACUUCUUACUGCCAUGUCCUACACAAUCCUUCGAAUAUUUAAGAAACGUCUCCUGAAGAUGAAUCUGGAGGACCUGAGAGAGUUUCUUCAGGAGAAGAUCGCCCUGUCUUUCCUCAACAGCGAUGAUAUCAUCAUCGAUCAGCUGCAGGCCUCCAUGGCGGAACUACGCAAGAUGAAGCUGGACCUUCCACCCCCAGCCAAGCCAGAUGAGCUGCCACAGAAGGCCCUGGGUUUGGAGCUACCUGUUCUGCUCACCCCUCUCAAGCCCCCCAGGGGAGUCUCCCCUGACCAGGGAUCCAAACGACCAGGAGCAGGGGGUCUGGGUCUCCACAUCAUCACCUACCAGCCAGACAUCAUCUCCCAAGACGACAGCCCUUCCAAGGAGGACAGGAAGGACAAGGAAGCUCUCAAUAUGGAGGAAGAGGAUGAGGAGGAAGUCUCUCUUCCAUCUCCAGACCCCAUUCUCAUCCACACCAUCCAGGCUCAAGUUACCCCCGAUGGGCCUCCCCAGGCUGGGGCUGGGCCACCACCUUAUGAGCCACCAGGGGGUAAUGAGCCCAAUGUUAUGGGACAACCUGCCAUUCUUAUGGUACUCCACAAAGAAAAAAAUGUUGAGAGCUCCUCUGGUCCAGUGGCUUUACCAGAGACACAGGUCGUAGUUCAACAGGGUACAAACACACCUCCACAAAGCCCCAUGGAGGAGUCGACCCUGACUGCCCCAGUUGCCCCUUCAUCCCUUAGCCCUCCCCAGCCACCCUGCAGUGUCCCCCGGACUCAGUCUGGCCCAGAGUGAGAGCCGUUCAGUGGGGGAGAGGGCGGAGGAUGUGUACCUGGCCAGGCUUCUGGAGCAGGCCAUGGCUCUGCCUAAACACAGGGCCCAGACAGGAGAAAAAGGAGAGCCAGGAGACCCAGAAUGGCCAGUUCGAUUCUAGAGCAUUGCAAUGCAUUCUAAGUCACCCCCUGUUGUCUACAAGACUGACAUUGCAGAAACAUAGUGUUAUGUUGUAGGAGAAGCUGCCAUAGUGGAGUGCCAAUGACAGUGCCACAUUCUCUCCCAUCAUAGUGAAAGCAUUACAGCUUACUUCAUUUUAGUAGUUUUGUAAUAUUCUAACAAUGGACAUUAUGUUUGCUUAGAGAGCCUUUGUAAAAUAUUUGUUAGUAUAGUCUUAUUUUAGUAUAGUUUUAUUUUUGUAUGUGGACACCUGCUUGUCGAACAUCUCAUUCCAAAAUCAUGAGCAUUAAUAUGGAGUUGGUCCCCCCUUUGCCUCCACUCUUCUGGGAGUGUUUAAAAAAAACUUUUUAAAAAGAAUAGAAAACAAAGUGAUAACUGGCUCAGGCCACAGUGUACUGUGCAUUAGUUUGGUCCGCUAGAAAGUGAAUUGUUCCAUUUCAAUCUUCAGGAAGGCCCCAGACCAUUAUUCCUCCUCCAUCAAACUUUACAGUUGGCACUAUGCAUUUGGGCAGGAAGCGUUCUCCUGGCAUCCGCCAAAACCAGAUUCGUCUGUC